GUGGAAAAACCAGUUUGUGAUAGGUGUGUAUCUGCAAUAUUUUCCCAGCCAGGGAGGUAAGGAGACUUUGUUUAGAUGCCACCUUGGUUAGACGUUCCUUCGUAAAACAUCUUCCGAUAAAGAUGGGGACUUAUCUCGAAGAAAAUGAGGGCAAGAGGAUGCAGCCGAGCUUUCCUAAAAGCAUCGGGCACCAAGUCCCGGUUUUGGUGGGCAAAACACAGCCACGGAUUGAUGACAUGGAACUAAAAGAAGAAUGGCAGGAUGAAGAGUUUCCCAGGCCCCUCCCAGAGGAAACCACGGAAGAAGCCAUGGAUUCCAAAGAAGGGAAUGAAUCCGUUGUAGACAGAGUCUGUCCUCCAAACACACUGGAAUUAUGCGGCAACCGUCACAUGAAAAAGCGCCUCUCGGCCCCGUCUCUCAGUUUUAACUUGGAGAAUAGUGAAGACUCCAUUGUCUCUGGCCACAUCCUUGAUCAGACCACAGAUGAUGACUUUGACUUUGACAUAGAUGAUCUGGAAACCCCAAACAGCAGUGAAUUAUUGGACUUUCCAGAAAACAGCAACGAGUUUGAGUGGGAAGAUGACCUGCCAAAGGUAAAGGCAGCAGAGGACAUGGCGUAUACUGAAAGCCGCAUUAGCGACAUCGAAGAUAAAGAGGGCCGGAAAUGGAGAAUAUUUCUGAUUGGACAACACAAAGUAGAUAUGACAGCGAUUGAGCCGUAUAAGCGAGUGAUCUCCCAUGGAGGUUACUAUGGAGAUGGCUUAAACGCAAUCAUCACGUUUGCUUCUUGUUACUUACCAGAGAACAAUACCCCAAACUACCAGUAUGUGAUGGACAAUUUAUUCAGGUAUAUAAUCGGAAUGCUAGACCUAAUGGUUGCUGAGGACUAUGUGUUGGUUUAUCUGAACGGUGCAACACCUCGCAGCAAAAUCCCCACCAUUGGAUGGAUUAAACGCUGUUACCAGGCCACAGGCAGGCGAUUGAAGAAAAAUCUGAAAUCUGUGUUAAUUGUUCACCCCACCUGGUAUGUGAAAGCCCUGCUGGCCAUUGUUCGUCCAUUCGUCAGCUCCAAAUUCAGCAAAAAAGUAAAAUUUAUCAAUAGCCUGAACGACCUGUCUCAGAUUAUUUCACUGGAUCAAAUUCACAUCCCUGUCUGUAUAAAACAGUUAGACCAAGAAACGAACCAAUAAGAGAAACAGAAGCCGGAUUGUGUAUUUGUAAAUAUGGAGUGACCAGAACCUUACUGAAAUUAUGGAAUUCUGUUUAGAAAAAUAUGUAUUUCUGUGUUUGU